AUGGGGAACGGCAACAACCGCCGCGGUGAGGUCGAGGACGUUGAGAUGGUUGUGGAGGAGGUGGAGGACGAAGAAGAGGAGGACAUCGAUGACAUGUUCGCUGUCGUUAGUACGGAGAAGAAGAAGAAAAAGAAGGUCAAGAAAGUCAAGAAGAUUGCGCCCGCUGCUCCGGCCUUGAUCACCACGACCCUCGACUCUGCUUCCGAUCCCGAAGGUUAUUACCAGGUCAUCUUGGGAGAGCAGCUUGAUGGCGGUCGUUACCAGGUUUUCUCGUCCCUCGGAAAGGGCAUGUUCGCCAACGUCGUCAAAGCACGUGUGCUCAGCGGUGAGGCAAAUGAAGUCGGUAAAGAGGUCGCUAUCAAGAUCAUACGUUGCCAGGAAUCGAUGUAUCGAGCUGGUCAAAAAGAGACUCAAAUCUUGCACAAGCUCAAGCAGGCGGAUCCGGAGGACAAGAAGCACAUUGUCCGUCUCGAGAGGACGUUCGAGCACCGCGGUCAUCUGUGCCUAGUAUUCGAGUCUCUGAGCAUGAACCUUCGAGACGUCGUGAAACGCUUUGGCAAGGAUGUUGGUCUCAACAUUCGUGCCGUGCGAGCUUACGCUCACCAGCUGUUCUUGGCCUUGGGCUUGUUGAAGAAGUGCAACAUCAUGCACGCGGACAUCAAGCCUGAUAAUAUCCUGGUCAAUGAGCAGAAGACCGUGCUCAAGUUGUGUGACUUGGGAUCCGCUUCCGACGCCUCGGAAAAUGAUAUUACCCCCUACCUGGUCAGCCGAUUCUACCGUGCGCCAGAGAUUAUCAUCGGUUAUCCGUAUGAUCCAUCUCUGGAUAUGUGGUCAAUUGGUUGCACUCUUUACGAGUUGUACACCGGCAAGAUCCUGUUCCCUGGACGGUCUAAUAACCACAUGCUCUUGCUGAUGAUGGAGCUGAAGGGCCGCUUCAAUUCCAAGAUCAUUAAGAAGGCCAAGUUCGGAGACAUGUACUUUGACGACCUUGGUGCCUUCCAGAGCGUUGAAAAGGACAGAGUUACAGGAGCGGACGUCGUGAGGCAAGUGCACAUCACGAAACCGUCCCGAGACCUCCGCGCGAGGCUCAUGCCGCCUGCGUCGGCGAAGUUGAAGGACGAUGAGGCCAAAGUCCUAAUGUCAUUCAUCGACUUGCUAGACAGAUGUCUCGCCUUAGACCCCGCGAAGCGGUUGACACCCAAGGACGCACUGCUACACCCGUUUAUCAGAGGCUCAGUGUAG